GUCAGAUAGUGAAGAAUAUCAAGAUAUUAUUGACCUUAUAUGCAUAUCUAAUAACGAUUGUGAAGAAAGAUAUUAUAGAGAACAUUUACCAGACCUCGGAAAUGAUACCCGUGGAUAUGUCAAAGUUAAAGAAGAAAAUUAUGAAGCUUUGAUUAGUUUGUGGUUCAACAAAGAAAAGAGUUGUCAUAGAAAUCCUGAAAGGCCAAGAUUAUAUGCGAUCUUUGCUGACAACCCCAAAACCAACGAAAAUGAUUCUCUAAGAAGACAUCUAAGGGAAAUUAAAAAGUUUGCAAAAAAAAGGAGAACUCCAUGUGUUUCUGUGAGUCAAAAGCUGCUUUUCAUCGAAGACAACAUAUUCAUCCACUACAGAACUGAAGCCGCCGUCAUAAAGUUGUUAAUAUCUAUGGGGUUCUCCACAAUUCAUAGAGGUGAAGCUAAUGAAAAAGAAGACACAAUCAUUUACUUCCAGAGAAUGGCUGAAUAUUAUUGCGAAGAUUUGUUGUUACCAGUUAUAAUAUCAACUGAGAACGGGAAGUCUUGUGAAGAAGUUUUAAAAUACGCAUCGGAAAAGAAAACACCUAUAGUGUAUUUCAGGAAUGAUGGACACUCUGCAUUUGUCCUUACCCCCGAUGAAGAAUUUCACCAAUCUUGCAGAGCCACCGAGCAUCGAUUUGAUUUAAGAACACCUUGGCAGAGACAAAAAGUUCAAAGACGUGUUAUAGAAACAAAUGCAAAUGAUGCUGAUAAGAACGACGAGUUACAGUUUAUUGACGCUGUCAAACUUAAACAAAACUACCCCUUUGAUGCCCUUAUUUGCUUUUUGCUUAUUGGAGUUGCAAUGGAAUCAGAAUCAGAGGCAGAAAUAUUUGGAAGCUUGACUGACGUUUACCCAAAUGCAAUGUCUAUGUACCUUUUAAAGGAAGGACAAUGGAAAAUUCCAAAGAAUGUAAUAAAGAAGUCGUUUAGUCACAAAUCCAUUGAAUACAUAUACGGAGAGAGCAUGUCAAAACAAUUUGAAGAUGGUUUGUGGAAGGAACUACAAUUGUUUUCUACAGAUGCAUAUCAACCUCCAGCAUGGAUGGAAACUGAAAAUGACCAGAGAUUAGAUGUGACUACAUCAGGUCUGUAUGGUUUGAUUUUCUACGCGCUGCUCUUCCGAAAAUUUUAUCUUGGAGCAAAACAGUUGGUUGAGACUGGAUGUGUACGCAUUCGACAUAUCUUGGUUGGAUGUGUAAUUUUACAGCAAGAGAAGAAUAAUUGGCAAACAAGUCAACUGGAACAAGAACAGAUACAGCUUUUGCACAGAACAUUUUCUCAUCAUGCACUGCGGAUCAUGAGCUGUAUACAUGAUGCUGAUAAUCGGAAUAAUCUAAAAAAGAAUCGAGAUGAUGGGAGAUUUGUGGAAUAUCUACUUGGAGAUCCAAUUAUCCAUUCUGGACGACUCCUUUUAAACCAUGGAUAUCUAAAAGAUGCCAUCAAAACAGAAAACAACACAUUCUUGGAAAAUGAAGUUGUAAAAGAUGUUUUAAAUGGAAUGUGGUAUGGAAAAGACAGACUGACAAUAAGUCGAGCGAUUAUGUUUCUUUGCCUGUCUCUUUUCCAUUUUGUACUUCUCCCCAUUCUGAUGAUUACAAUGGAAAACAAGCCUUUUCAAAAACUUUAUAAACUUUACAACACCCCCUUCAUGAAAGUAGCCAAUAACUUGGUUGGAUUGUUUUGUCUCCUUGUGGGUUACGCUUAUAUGCUACUGUGCAGCCACGAAGAAAACAUUUCAUAUGCUGACCUUUUUCUCAUUGUUCUGAUGGGAAGUUUCUUAAUUGAUGAAACCAAGCAGAUUUUCAUUGCCAUAUGGAGAAAGAAAUUUAAAGAAUACAUAAAAAGUCCGUGGAAUAUACUGGACUGGCUCUCGAUGACGAUGUUUGCUUGUGGGAUGCUACUGAAGUUUGGAAACGGAUUGAAUUAUUACAACGCCUCCAAGAUCCUCCUUGUGCUAGCUUUCAUCUUUCUAAGCAUUCGAGUGUUUAACUUGUUCUGUAUUUCUGAGCUUCUUGGGCCAAAACUUGUUAUCAUACAGAAAAUGUUUAUAGACACCUUUUCCUUUAUGGCUAUUAUGACAGUCAUCACAAUGUGUUACAAUGUGUCGUACUACGCUAUAUUGUAUUACGGAAACUCGGAUUUCAGCUUUGACACAUUGGAAAAAGUAACUCGAAACGGUUAUUGGAUGCUUUUUGGAGAGUUAAACUUAGAUGGAGAUAGACUCACAGAACCUGAGUGCUCGUUUGAAAAAGCGAUUUAUUCAAAUGGAACACUGGAGAGAUGUCCUUCAUCACUUGGGAGAUUUUUGGCACCCUAUUUAAAGGCAUUAUACGGAUUGGUAGCUGUGAUUUUGAUGCUAAAUCUAUUGAUUGCCAUGUACAGCAACACAUUCUCCGAGGUGCACGUGAAGUCAAAGUUUUAUUGGUCACAGCUUCAGACCGACUUUUUGGAGGAAUAUAGCAUCAAGUCAAUAUUUCCCUUUCAUAUGCAAUGGAUAGCCAUUGUUUUCUUUAUAUUCCAUCUUGGUUUCUGGGGAUUAAAACAUGGUUUUGUCAAACUUCGAGAAAGGAAAGCAAUGGACGAUGACGAGUCUAUCAUGAACAUAAGUUUGUUGGAUAGAGCAUACAAAGAGGAGGCCGCUGGCAAAUUAAACAGUUCUCCUAUGUUUGUCAGAGUGUUUUUAUUUAACACAAAUUUUGACAUCAGACUAAGAAAAACAAGGAAAGUGGAGGGUUAUGCUGCUUUACAGGCUAGACGAGAGAUGGAUAUAGCAGAAGAGGAUAAAAUAACGGUAUUGCGAAAAGAAAUUAAAACGAUGAAAAGAAAUAUCAUGGAAAAUAACCAGAAGUUGAUGGAUGAACUCAAAAAGAUCUCUCAAAAACUUGCCCAACAAGAGGAAUCACCAAAAAGACGAAGCAGGUUGAGUUCUUCUCGGCAAUCAAAGAGCAGCACUUCCUCUAGUUCUGAAGAUUCAGAUAAGGAAGAUUUGAAAAUCAAAACCUGAUUUUUUUUCAUUUCAACAGACUUCAAAUUCACAAAACCUUUGAUUUUGAUGUUUAACAAUUAAAUACAGCGCUUAUCUUUUACUCAUACUGUGUUACGCAUGUAUCUUUUUACUGUUUAAUUUUUUGCAUAUAAUGCAUACAGAUUUUAUGUGUAGUUUAUAAUUAUUUAAUGCCAUCAA